AUGCUUCCAAUGGGACCACCUCGCUUCAGGCACCCGUACGCCUUUAUGGCCACAUCAAAUCGAAUAUGUCGCUUCUUCGUAACAAAAAAGAGAAACCUGGCUCCGUUGGCUGUCAUCGCUAGCAUGGUUGGUCGUCAUAGCAUGUUUGCAGGAAUGAGCCUCCUCCAACAUUCCUUGUACCGCCAUCAGCAAUUCUAUACAAAAACCACUGCUAGACAAGACAAACGAGACAAGACAACGAGCUCGAUACACAGUUCUGCAGGUCUAAGAAAGUGGGCAGAAAAAGGAGAUCCCCAGACAAGCACAGCAUGCUGGCCUUGCGACAAAGACUUGGACUCUAGAGAAAGGACAAUAAAAGCUGAGGCUUUCUCAUUAUGA